AUGAAUGAGGAGCUCCAGAAACAGCAUGAGCAUAUGAUGUAUGCUGCUGACAUGAUAUCCCAUCUCCAAGAGCUUUAUAGAAAAGGUACACGCAACAGACGCUUCAGCGCCGUAUGUGAGCUUUUGAAGACCAAGAUGGUUAAGGGAGCCCUAGUCCACCAACAUAGAUUGAAGAUGAUAGGACUCACUGAGCAGUUGGAAAGUCUUAAUAGUCCACCAGACCGCAACUUGGCCACCAACAUCUUCCUUGAGUCCCUUUCUGAUUCCUUCUCCCAUUUUGUUAUGAACUACAACAUGGGGAAGAUAGAGCACCCUCUCUCAGAGUUGCUGAACAUGUGUGUGAAUGCUAAAAGACCUUCAAGAGAGAAAGACGGAUGGGACCAUUGCUGUUUUUGA